UGCAUACUUCAGGAUCAAUAAGGAAGCUUUUAUAUUCCUGUUGCAAAAAAUGGACGGCUCCCUCUCAAUGCACCGGAGCGCAGCAAUACCACUAAUUUUAAAGCUUGCUUGCGCCCUUCGCUUUUUCGCUGAUGGCUCCUAUCAAAGGGGCUUUCCGAAAUCUCGUAUACCUGGAAUCAUUGGGUGCGUGGAAGGAACGCAUAUUGGUAUUGUUGCACCAAAUCGAUUAAAACAUCAGUAUUAAAAGGAAAGGGGUUUACAGUUUGAAUGCAAUUAAAAAAUUUCCAGUUCUUUUUCCUAUUUGUAUAAUGUAAAUUGUUCAGGCUUGUGAUCACAACAUGGUGAUACACACGAUUCAUUUGUUUCGGGAAACAGUGAACUGAAAGAAAUCUCGCAAAGGAUGUACAGCAAUGGAGAACGAAGUUCUAUGUAUUUAGGGGAUUCUGGGUACCCCUUAAGCCCUUAUUUAAUGACACCAUUUCGUAGUGCAAUCACUGGAAGCAGAGAGUCAACCUUUAACACCCAGCAUGGCAAAGCGAGAAAUAUUGUGGAGAGAACAAUUCGUGUGUUGAAAUGUCGUUUUCGAUGCCUCCUCAGGGAAGGAAAACUGUAUUAUUCUCCACACAAAGCCACACAAAUAGUCAACGCCUGCUGUGCUCUUCACAAUAUUUGUUCGCAUUUUAAUAUUGAAACACCAGAUGCUGUUGAAAAUUACAUCGAUCCAGUUGUUCAAGUGGAACCGGAAAAUACGGACAUUCAUUCCAAUGAAGGGGAUCCGCGAAGGUCCGAAAUGAUGCAUUCAUUAUUUGAUUAGUCCUUAAUUGUAAUUUUUAUUUCCUUCUAUAUUUAAAAGAAAACACUCUUUCCAUUUAAUUUAAAUUCAA